UUUUAAAGACGUGUGUGCCGGUCUGGCAGCAGAGUCCGGGCUACUGGGAACCGAGCUGGCUCGGCUGGUGCCUCCUCCCCCGGUGGUCCCUCCCUUCUGGCCGGCUCCCUGCCUCCCCCGGACUGGCCUCCGCCUCCACUUUUCCCGACUCGCUCGGAGGUCUGGCCCCAGCUAGGCGGCUGAGGAACUUGGUGGAGCACGGCCACUAGCAUCUUUACCCCCAGCUCCUACCCCGCCCUCCCCAUAGCCCAGCAGCAGGAGGAGAAAAAGCAAACCCAACCCUCAUUCUCUAGCCCUCCUCCCCGCGUCCACUAUGGAUCGCACCUUCUAGAGUUUUAACUCAGUUCUGAAGGACCAACAUCCCCCGGAUCUGCACUUCGGGAGGCCCCUGCUCCCGGGAUGCGAGAGCCAGGGACCAGCCCGCCCUGUGCGGAGCUCCAGCCACUGCCGGGCGUGCAACCCCGAGCCUUCUAGGAGGACGCGUGUGGAGGAAAGGAGCCACAGGUUCGGGCAGGUGCAUAGGCGGGCUAUGGUGAAAGAAAGAUGUUGGCCAGGAAAAGCAUCAUCCCGGAGGAGUAUGUGCUGGCGCGCAUCGCAGCAGAGAACCUGCGCAAGCCGCGCAUCCGCGACCGCCUCCCCAAAGCCCGCUUCAUCGCCAAGAGCGGAGCCUGCAACUUGGCACACAAGAACAUCCGAGAGCAAGGUCGCUUCCUGCAGGACAUCUUCACCACCUUGGUAGACCUGAAGUGGCGUCACACGCUGGUCAUCUUCACCAUGUCCUUCCUCUGCAGCUGGCUGCUCUUCGCUAUCAUGUGGUGGCUAGUGGCCUUCGCCCACGGGGACAUCUAUGCUUACAUGGAGAAAAGCGCCAUGGAGAAGAGUGGCCUGGAGUCCGCUGUCUGUGUAACCAAUGUCAGGUCAUUCACUUCUGCGUUUCUCUUCUCCAUUGAGGUUCAAGUGACCAUUGGAUUUGGAGGGAGAAUGAUGACUGAGGAAUGCCCUCUGGCCAUCACAGUUUUGAUUCUGCAGAACAUUGUGGGUCUGAUCAUCAACGCAGUCAUGUUGGGCUGCAUCUUCAUGAAAACGGCGCAGGCCCACAGAAGGGCAGAGACGCUGAUUUUCAGCCGCCAUGCUGUGAUUGCGGUCCGCAAUGGCAAGCUGUGCUUCAUGUUCCGGGUGGGUGACCUGAGGAAGAGCAUGAUCAUUAGCGCCUCGGUGCGCAUCCAGGUGGUCAAGAAAACCACGACGCCAGAAGGGGAGGUGGUGCCUAUUCAUCAGCAGGACAUUCCUGUUGAUAAUCCCAUCGAGAGCAAUAAUAUCUUCCUAGUGGCCCCUUUGAUCAUCUGCCACGUGAUUGAUAAGCGUAGCCCCCUGUAUGAUAUCUCAGCAACUGACCUUGCCAAUCAAGACCUGGAGGUCAUAGUGAUUCUCGAGGGUGUGGUGGAAACCACAGGCAUCACCACGCAAGCGCGGACCUCCUACAUUGCAGAGGAGAUCCAGUGGGGACACCGCUUCGUGUCAAUUGUGACUGAGGAGGAGGGCGUGUACUCUGUGGACUAUUCUAAAUUUGGUAAUACUGUGAGAGUGGCUGCGCCAAGAUGCAGUGCCCGGGAGCUGGAUGAGAAGCCGUCCAUCCUGAUUCAGACCCUCCAAAAGAGUGAAUUGUCGCACCAGAAUUCUCUGAGGAAGCGCAACUCCAUGAGAAGAAACAACUCCAUGAGGAGAAGCAACUCCAUCCGGAGGAAUAACUCUUCCCUCAUGGUGCCCAAGGUGCAGUUCAUGACUCCAGAAGGAAACCAGUGUCUCUCAGAAUCAUGAGGGCAGGAUGACCCUCGACAGUCACUUGUUGAGUCCUGUUGACUGACAGCUCUAGGAUAGUCACUCACUGAACCCUGAUGACUGACAAUCCAGAGACAGUUCAUUGAGCCCCGAUGAUCAAAAUAUUGGACUCAUCACCAAUUCAGGGUUGGAUCACAGUAUUCAUAUCUUAAUGCACUGAGAAAUAUUCAUAUUUGAGACAUUAAACUUCCUGUAUUAAUAAAGAAUAACACACAAAGCAGGGGGCUCAUGGCUCACACUUGCUUCCCACAUGGACACUUGCCACAUGCCACAGUGACACUUUUAGACAUUUCUAGAGGCAUGGAGUCACAUAGUGAUGAUACCACCUUCUAAGAUCUCUGCUCAGAUCUGUGGUCAGAGACAACUGCAGGUUUCUCUUUCCUUUGCAGUUUAUUUGAAUUUUGGUUUGAAGCAUUCUUUAGCAUGUCUUUCUGAGUUUGAGAUGUCAUGGAAGCCUGAACUCUUUAUCUUUGACUCUCCUCUCAUGUUAAAACUCUGUUUUCUCCCCAGAAAUCUCUGCAGUUGGGGUCAGUUGGCUUGCAUGUUUGAGCAUCUGUCAGUUAGCAGAGAGGAGAUAUUCUACCAAAGCCCAGUUUCAUCACCCCUAGCUCCUGCAUCCUCAAGUAAGGGCAGAGUAAAGAGACGUCCUUGGUUAACACAGUGUGUGAUGUGGUAAACCAUGGAAGCUAGGCAGCUGGAUAGCCUUUUAUUCAGAGCUUGGAGCUUGAAUUUAUUUCUUAUAUGAGCCAUUGAACUGUAUGGGUCAUCAUGAAUAGGUUCAAAUCUAACCUUGAAAGACUCAUGAUUCUCACCAAGUUAAUAGCACAUGCUGGCUUAAGUUAGUUAUUCCUAACAAAUGUCUGACUUGGAACUCUGGACUCGCAGAUCAAACAAGUACUUGAAGCUCUGCCUGCCUGUUUAAUAAAAUACUCAAAACCUA